AUGUGUAGAGCAGCUACCUGCGGUGUCUGUGAACAAAAGACCUGGCGUGGAUGCGGCCUCCAUGUCCCCAGCGUCAUGGACGAUGUGCCAAAGAAUGAAUGGUGCACCUGUGUUCCAAAGAAGGCGGUUGACGACAAGGAGUAUCCCCCGAUGGUUGGCAAGGGGCACAAGGAGGGAGAAGAGCCACCGAAGACCGAAUGA